AUGGACGACUUCACUGCAGAGAUGUUCGCUACUGGGCGCGACUUUGACUCCUCCGAGAGCUCAAGCCAGCGCCCCAACAAUGACCAGAACGAUGGUAAUGACAAGCAGCCCGAGCCAAAGGCCGAAUCAAGCUCUCAGAAAACAGGCCUACGCGGAGGAUUGGCUGCUAUUCGCCAGAAAGCUAGCUUACAGGACCGAUUAGUAGAAAAGUAUAUUGAGCUGCCCGAGUCGCUCGAUGACCAAACCGAGGUUCACUUCGUCGGUGAUGAACAAUCAGCCACUCAUACCGAGAGGCCGAACUUCAACAUCACUACCAUGUCCUACAAUUUUCGGCGAUUCAACGCUCGAAUAGGCGUUGUCUUUAAAUUCCAGGCCCGUGUGGAACGUAUUCUAUCCUGGAAGCACGCAUCGCAUACCCUAUCACUCCUCGCCGUCUAUAGUUUUGUCUGCCUGGAUCCUUAUCUCCUGUUUGUGCUGCCUGUUGCUAUCCUUCUGUUCGGUGUCUUCAUCCCCGCGUUCCUGGCACGGCAUCCCGCACCACCCAAGGGAACCUUGUCGAGUGAGCAGAAUGUUGGAUAUUCUCCCCAGGGACCACCUUUGGCACCUGCGGCGACGGUGAAACCAGUCAAGGAACUCAGCAAGGACUUCUUUCGGAAUAUGCGCGACCUACAGAACUGCAUGGAUGACUUUAGUCGGGGACACGACCAGGUCGUCGCCUUGCUUGUACCAGUGACGAACUUUAGUGAUGAGGCUCUCAGCUCGGCUCUAUUUUUAUUUCUUACAGCCGGGGGCAUUUUUAUGACCAUCGCGGCCCAAAUCCUACCAUGGCGCUUCAUAUUCCUUCUUGGGGGUUGGGUUAUCGUGGGUAUGGGCCAUCCGCACGUCGCCCGCCUCAUUGCUGCUGCUCAUCGAGAGCGUCUCCAACCGCAAGAGGCCAAAGCUCGGUCGUGGUUAGAUAGCUGGAUCAGUUCAGACGUUAUCCUCGACUCCAGUCCUGAAACGCGUGAAGUGGAAAUUUUUGAGCUACAGCGCAAAACCUCGGGUGGUGGCGAGUGGGAGCCUUGGCUUUUCAGUCCUUCUCCUUACGAUCCUUUGUCACAACCUCGAAUUGCAGGUGAACGACCACGUGGAACACGCUUCUUUGAAGAUGUCAUGCCACCCGAAGCGUGGGAAUGGAGCGAGAAGAAAUGGGCUCUAGACCUUUGGAGUCGUGAAUGGGUAGAAGAACGUAUUAUUACAGGGGUUGAAGUUGAGACAGAAGGCGAGCGUUGGGUUUAUGACAUAUGGGAUGAGCGAGACGGGCGAACGGGUGUCGUGGAAGUUCCUAUUAACGAGAAGGGAAAGCAAAAGGCAAUACCGAAGCCAAGCUGGGAGGAGAAUGAAGACGGCAGUGGCCGGAGAGGUGACUGGAGACGACGGCGAUGGGUCAGAUUGGUGAAGCGUAAGGCGGCUCAAGUACAGCCAAGUUGA